AUGUCCAACGGACGCGGAAUCCGCGUUCUAGUUUGCGGAGCCGGAGGCUUCAUCGGGGCCCACCUCGGAGUUCGGCUCAAGAAGGAUGGGUACACGGUCAUCGGUGCCGACUGGAAGAAGCAGGAGUACUUCGAAGAGCACGAGUUCUGCGACGAGUUCCACGAGGUGGACCUCCGCGAUCUUCAGAACUGCCUCAAGGUCACCAAGAACGUUGACUACGUGUUCAACCUUGCCGCAGACAUGGGAGGAAUGGGCUUCAUCCAAUCCAACCACUCCCGCAUCUUGUACAACAACACCAUGAUCAGCUUCAACAUGGUCGAGGCUGCUCGUCAGAAUGGUGUGAAGCGUUUCUUGUACACCUCCAGCGCCUGCAUCUACCCUGAGCACAAGCAGUUGGAUCCGGCAAACCCUGGUCUCCGUGAGGAGGACGCCUGGCCAGCUCAUCCCCAGGAUGCCUACGGCCUUGAGAAACUUGCCUCGGAGGAAUGCUGCAGGUGGUACGGCGUCGACAACCCCGAGAUCCAGUUCCGUGUCGUGCGCUUCCACAACAUCUACGGUCCUCACGGAACCUGGAAGGGAGGACGCGAGAAGGCGCCAGCUGCCUUCUUGCGUAAGGCGCUUACUGCUCCGAAGGAGUUCGAGAUGUGGGGAGAUGGCAAGCAGACAAGAAGCUUCUGCUACAUCGACGAUGCUGUUGAGGGAUUGUACCGCGUGAUGGCUUCCGACUACAAGGAGCCCCUCAACGUCGGAUCCGACGAGAUGGUCUCGAUGAACGACAUGGCGGACAUGGCCAUGGACAUCGCUGCGUCUCUUGGAGUCCGUCAGGGGAAGCUGCCCAUCAACCACAUCCCCGGACCUGAGGGAGUGCGCGGACGUAACAGCAAUAACGAUCUCAUCAAGAAGGUUAUUGGAUGGGCUCCUGGUAUCUCUCUCAAGGACGGGUUGACCAAGACUGCACCAUGGAUCCUCAAGCAGAUCGAGGCUGAUAAGGCGCAAGGCAUCGACGUGGCCCAGUACUCCUCCUCCAAGGUCGUUGCGACAGAGGCGGCGUCUGCUAUCGGACAGAAGAAGAUCUAA